AUGCAAAAAAAAAACAAUGCUGUUCUCAUAUUUACGGGUACCAGUAGUAGUUCACAUGCAAAAAGUCAUGAUGAAAAUCCAAGAGUUGGUUGGUGGGAAAAAAUUAUUGGACCUAAUUUAGCUAUUGAUACUAACCAUUUUUUUGUCAUUUGUUGUAAUCAUCUUGGAGGUUGUUAUGGUUCGACUGGACCUUCAUCAAUAAAUCCUGCAACAAGUAAACCAUAUGGUGCUUCUUUUCCUAUGUUAUCUGUCGAAGAUUUUGUUCGUGCACAAUUUCAAUUAAUUAAACAUUUAGGAAUUGCUAAACUUCAUGCAAGUAUUGGUUCAUCAUUAGGUGGAAUGUGCUCAAUUCUCUCAGGUCUUUUAUAUUCCGAAAAUGUUGGCAGAGUAGUGACUAUUUCAUCUUGUAUUGCUCCAUGUCCAACUGCUAUUGCUCUACGAUACCUUCAACGAAAAAUGAUAAUGACUGAUCCAAAUUGGACACAUGGUCACUAUUAUGAUAAAGGUGUCUAUCCACUUGAUGGAAUGCGUAUUGCUAGAGAAAUAGGAAUGCUUAUAGAUCGUUCAGGAUCUGAAUGGCUUGAACGAUUUGGUUUACGUCGUUUUAAUGAUUCUAUUCAAUUAACACCAACAUUUGAAAUUGAAAGUUAUUUACAAUAUCAUGGUUUAACAUUUACAAAAAACUAUGAUCCUAAUUCAUUAUUAUACAUUUCUAAAGCAAUAGAUUUAUUUAAUUUAACCGAAGGAUAUGAUACGCCGACUGAUGCCUUGUCGAAAAUUCGAUGUCCCGUACUUGUCUUAGGUUCACAAACUGAUAUUCUUUUUCCAAUCUGGCAACAGAAACAAUUAACUGACGAACUUAUAAAAUCAGGAAAUCCAGAUGUAACAUUCUUUGAAUUGAAUAGUAUUUUCGGACAUGAUACAUUUUUAUUAGAUAUUAAUAGUGUUAGUAGUGCUCUUAAAGGUUUCCUGGAAGUAUCAACUUUGUCAAUUGAAGAGAAAACGCAAACGUAG